UUUGUGUCGGAUGGAAUCUUCAAAGCCGAACUGAAUGAGUUUCUGACCCGAGAGUUGGCUGAGGAUGGAUACUCCGGCGUAGAGGUCCGUGUCACACCGACAAGAACAGAGAUCAUCAUCUUGGCUACCAGAACCCAGAAUGUCCUGGGAGAGAAGGGGCGCCGCAUUCGUGAACUUACUGCCGUGGUUCAGAAGCGUUUUGGUUUCCCCGAGGGCAGUGUUGAGCUGUACGCUGAGAAGGUCGCCACCCGUGGUCUGUGUGCCAUUGCUCAGGCAGAGUCACUGCGCUACAAGCUGCUUGGGGGUCUGGCUGUCCGUAGGGCUUGCUAUGGUGUGCUCCGUUUUAUCAUGGAGAGUGGAGCCAAGGGUUGCGAGGUGGUUGUCUCUGGUAAGCUGAGAGGUCAGAGAGCCAAGUCCAUGAAGUUUGUGGAUGGCCUGAUGAUCCACAGUGGAGACCCUGUUAACUACUAUGUUGACACAGCUGUCCGCCAUGUACUGCUGAGGCAGGGUGUGCUUGGAAUCAAGGUGAAAAUCAUGCUCCCCUGGGACCCCAGCGGUAAGAUCGGCCCCAAGAAGCCUCUUCCUGACCACGUCAGCAUUGUGGAGCCCAAGGAUGAGGUUCUCCCCACCACCCCAGUGUCUGAACAGAAGGGGGCUAAGCCCGAUGUCCCCGUUAUGCCACAGGGAACGCCAGUGCCGACUGCAUAAACUGGUUCAGGAGCCAUUGAUGAAAGAUCAAGACUUUUCUGUAUAAAAAAUAAAUAAAUGGGGGGUAAAAGAA